AUGUAUGACAAACUGCUAAAAUGUCCACGGCCUUCUGUUACGUGCAUGAAAGUUGCACUAAUUCAGUAUGUCCUGCACUUGUACGGAUACUUCAAGGAAUGGCAACAAAAUCCACAGUGGUCCCUCUCCUGCUUCCUGGCCCCGCUCCUCCCCCUCAGUGGCCUGCAGGCGGAAGUAACUGGUAUGGUUGAUACGAAUGUCCUUGAUAAUCAGCUGCAAACAGGACAAGUGGAGAUGCCCACUCUUGUAGGUGCGGUAAAAGACAGUGGUGUCGUUAAUGUUACACUCGAGGAAGGUGAACAGCAACAAGAAACCUUUUGCAGGGAAGGUGAACAAAUUGGUAAACACGAGAUCGCCAAGGAUAACUUAAAACAGCAACUUUGUAAGAAGCAUCUUCUUACAGUUGCUAUGGCUACAGAAAGAAGUUCAAUUAAAGUUCCAUGUGAAAAUGAAGACUUACCUGACAAAGAAAAUGCACCAGAUUUUGACGAGGACACUUUACGAGCCACAGCUGAUGUUUGUAGGAAUGAGGGUAAUGAGGCCUUCAAGAAAGGAGAUUUCAUCAAUGCUAUUUAUUUUUACACUGAAGGAAUUAAAUUGAACUGCAAUGAGAAAGUACUGAAGGCUAAACUGUACAACAACAGGGCUAUUGCACAUUCUAAACUUGGAAAUCAUCAAGAUUCACUAAGGGAUGCAGAAGCAGCCAUUGAGUUAAAUCCAACUUUCCUUAAGGCAAUUGUGAGAGGAGCCACUGCCUGUGUUGAACUGAGGAGAUUUGAAGAAGCAAUCACUUGGUGUGAUAAGGGAUUAGCUAUUGACAAAAACAAUAGGAUCUUGUCGUCAUUGAGACUUCAGUCAGUCAGAGAAGUAGGAGAUAAGUCCAUGGAGAAAGAUCCUGUUAGUCAUGACCAUGGUGGUGCAAGUUCAGGUGAUGUCAAGAAAGUCAUAGACUUCUACAAUCGGGGAGAAGAAGCCAUAGAGUACCUCAAUCUAUGUCUUAAAACAGCUAAAGAAGUAGGAGACAAGCAUGGGGAGCGUAAUGCUUAUGGCAAUCUCGGCAAUGCUUAUCACAGUCUGGGUGAUUUGAAAAAAGCCAUAGAGUACUACAACCUACAUCUUAAAAUAGCUAAAGAAGUAGGAGACAAGCAUAGGGAGGGUAAAACUUAUGGCAAUCUUGGCAUUGUUUAUCGCAGUCUGGGUGAUUUAAAAAAAGCCAUAGAGUACCACAACCUACAUCUUGAAAUAGCUAAAGAAGUAGGAGACAAGCAUUGGGAGGGUAAAACUUAUGGCAAUCUUGGCAUUGUUUAUCGGAGUCUGGGUGAUUUAAAAAAAGCCAUAGAGUACCACAACCUACAUCUUAAAAUAGCUAAAGAAGUAGGACACAAGCAUGGGGAGGGUAGCGCUUGUGGCAAUCUAGGCAAUACUUAUCGCCGUCUGGGCGAUUGCAAAAAAGCCAUAGAGUACCACAACCUACAUCUUAAAAUAGCUAAAGAAGUAGGAGACAAACAUGGGGAGAGUAGCGCUUGUGCCAAUCUUGGCAAUGCUUAUCACAGUCUGGGUGAUUUGAAAAAAGCCAUAAAGUACCACAACCUAGAUCUUAAAAUAACUAUAGAAGUAGGAGACAAGCAUGGGGAGGGUGGUGCUUAUGGCAAUCUUGGCAAUGCUUACCACAGUUUGGGUGAUUUCAAAAAAGCCAUAGAGUACCACAACCUACAUCUUAAAAUAACUGAAGAAGUAGGAGACAAGCAUGGGGAGGGUAGUGCUUAUGGCAAUCUUGGCAUUGCUUAUCGCCGUCUGGGUGAUUUAAAAAAAGCCAUAGAGUACCACAACCUACAUCUUAAAAUAGCUAAAGAAGUAGGAGACAAGCAUGGGGAGGGUAGCGCUUGUGGCAAUCUUGGCAAUGCUUAUCACAGUCUGAGUGAUUUUAAAAAAGCCGUAGAGUACCACAACCAACAUCUUAAAAUAGCUAAAGAAGUAGGAGACAAGCAUGGGGAGGGUGGUGCUUAUGGCAAUCUUGGCAAUGCUUACCACAGUUUGGGUGAUCUCAAAAAAGCCAUAGAGUACUUCUGUCUACAUCUUAAAAUAGCUAAAGAAGUAGGACACAAGCAUGGGGAGGGUAAAGCUUAUGGCAAUCUUGGCAUUGCUUAUGAACGUCUGGGUGAUUUCAAAAAAACCAUAGAGUACCACAACCUACAUCUUAAAAUAGCUAAAGAAGUAAGAGACAAGCAUGGGGAGGGUAACGCUUAUGGCAAUCUUGGCAAUGCUUAUUACAGGCUAGGUGAUUUCAAAAAAGCCAUAGAGUACCAUAACAUAGAUCUCAGAAUAGCUAAAGAAGUAGGAGACAAGCAUGGGGAGGGUACUACUUAUGGCAAUCUUGGCAGUGCUUAUAGCAGUCUGGGUGAUUUAAAGAAAGCCAUAAAGUACCACAACCUACAUCUUAAAAUAGCUAAGGAAGUAGGAGACAAGCAUGGAGUGGGUGGUGCUCAUAGCAAUCUUGGCAAUGCUUAUCACCGUCUGGGUGAUUUAAAAAAAGCCAUAGAGUACCACAACCUAGGUCUUAAAAUAGCUAAAGAAGUUGGAGACAAACAUGGGGAGGGUAAAGCCUAUGGUAGUAUUGGUAAUGUGUAUCAAACUGUAGGAGAUUUGAUAAAGGCUAACAAGUUAUACAACCUAAUGCUUAAAAUUGCUAAAGAGGUCGAAGACAAAUCCUUGGAGGCAAUGGCUUACGGUUUAUUAGGGUGCGUUUUUGAGUUGCAGGGUGGACUGCCAAAAGCCGUUGAACAUUACCAAGCUAGCAUAAACUUAUAUAAUUCCUUAAGAGUACUCCUAAAAUCUAAAGAUGAGUGGAAAGUUAAUUUUCGAAAUCAGUAUCAAAUGGCGUAUGCGGGUUUAUGGAGAGUUCUCGUAAAACAAGGUAAUAUGGAUGAAGCCUUAUUUGUUGCUGAGAAAGGACGAGCUCAAGCUCUGACCGACCUUAUGGAAUCUAGUUUUUGUGGUGGAACAAAUCAGGACAAGAGAGGCGAUGAAGAUUUGGUAUUUUUAAAGAACGUUCCAUCAGACACUGUGUUUCAGGCAGUGGACAAAGCUGACGUCAAUCUUUGGGUUGUGUCCGAAGGAAAACCAGUUCAGUUGAGACAAAGUAAACUCAAUAGGUUUGUUUCAGAGAAUAGUGGAGCGAGCCAGUCCUUUGAGUCGUUCAUGCUCAGUAUCUACACGCAACUUGGUGUUCGUUCUGAUGUGAGAUGCGAGAAUCGAUCUUUGGAUGUUUUGAGGGAGAGCCAUUCAAAAGUGGAUGAGAAAACUAAAGAAGUCAACCCUCAACCUCACAUCCAACAAAACGAAUGCUUGAGCACUUUGUAUGAUAUCGUUAUGAAGCCGGUGGCUGACUUGGUUCAAGGGGAUGAGCUAGUCAUUAUUCCCGAUGGACCCCUGUGGCUCACUCCUUAUGCUGCAUUGAAGGAUGGUAAUUCUAAAUACAUGUGUGAAUCGUUCAGAAUCCGACUCGCUCCAUCGUUAACAAGUCUUAGACUCAUUGCCGAUUGCCCAGAUGAUUAUCACAAAAGCAGUGGUGCGUUACUUGUAGGAAAUCCGUGGGUAGCCGAGGUUACCGACAGCAAGGGAGAAAAACUCCUCGAGCAGCUUCCGUAUGCUAAAGAAGAGGUAGAAAUGAUCGGGAAAAUUCUGAAUAUCGAGCCAAUCACUGGCAGACAGGCCACGAAGCGUGAGGUGUUGAAAAGACUCAGUUCUGUUUCCUUAGUUCACUUUGCGGCACACGGAUGUAUGGAAACUGGCGAAAUUGCUCUUACACCUGACCCACAUCGAAUAUCUUCUGUGCCAACGGAGAAUGAUUACAUUUUAACAAUUGGAGAUGUGUUGAAUAUUCAACUUCGUACCAAACUUGUUGUGCUUAGUUGCUGCCACAGUGGUCGGGGCGAGAUCAAGGCUGAAGGUGUGGUUGGCAUCGCCCGUGCUUUUAUGGGGGCUGGAGCUCGGUCUGUUGUGGUGUCCCUGUGGGCGAUUGAUGACGAGGCUACUCUCCAGUUCAUGAAAUGCUUUUAUCAACACCUUGCAGAAGGUAAACCUGCAAGCGAGUCACUGAACCUGGCCAUGAAAAGCCUCAGAGAA